AUGAUUUCAAAAAACAAUCUUGAAUUCUUUGAUUAAUUUCUAUCGAUAUUUAUCUUGGAUAAUAUGUAGGAAUUUAAAAUUGAUAUUAUGUUGACGCCUUAAUAAUUAGGUAUUUAAUUUUGUGAAUAAUUUGGAUUAAACUUAAAUAAUUUACAAAAAGUUGCUUAGAAUCUGAUAAGAUUUAUUUAGGCAGCCUCAGAGAAACCUCAAUACAGUCAGUUGACUAAAUGUUAUGAAAAGUAUUUUGGUGAGAGAGAAGAGAUGGGUUUUCCUUUCAAAUCUUCAUAUGAGUUAAGUGAGUUUUUAGUUGAAAAUAAAUUUAAAUUUAAGAAAUCAAAAUCAUAAAGCAAUUUGGUUUCCAUGUAAAAAGAAAACCUAUAAUAAAUAUAAAAAAAUAAUGUAAUAAUUUAGCAACCGAAUAAGUAAUUGUUCAAAAAUCGUUAAAAUUUUGAUGAAAAAAAUAGAUUUGAAAAUUUAUACAUUUAAGGAAAACUUAAGUAAAUUGAAAGAAAUAAAAGCAGAUAAACACAUAUAGAUAAAUUAGAUGUUAUUGAUGAUAAUUGUACUUUUAGACCUAAUACAAAGAUAAAUCGUUAGAAUUAAUAAUCUGAAAAAAUAAAUCUAUCAACAUAAUUGAAAUAGGAAAAAUACUAUAAAUAAUUGUUUAAUUAUCUAGACAAUGAUAAGGAUGGAAUGAUUUCCAAGAAUUGCAUCGACAUUAGUAAAUUAAAUCUGAAUGAUGUGAAGUAUUUAUAAGUGAUUAUUAUUUAAGCAAUAUUUUGGAGAUAUUGUUGAAAAUUGA